CGACUCCACAGUCAGAGCUGCUUCGAGGCAGGAAAAAAAGCUCCGGCUGAGUGAAACAAGAUCAUCUGCAGGCAGAACUGAGCAAAGAUGGAUUUGUACGACCCUCAAACUCUAGGCAUCAUGGUUUUUGGUGGCUUCAUGGUGGUUUCGGCUAUCGGAAUCGCCUUGGUCUCCACUCUCUCUAUGAAGGAAACGUCGUACGAGGAAGCCCUGGCCCACCAACGUCGUGAACUGGCCAGAACUCAUCCCCCACGUGCUGACAAGAAGAAGAAAGCCUCCGAGAAGAAAAGCAAAGCCAAGAAAAGGGAAGACAAGCCAAAUGGGAAGCUGCCUGAACAGGACUCCGGUCCUGAACCGACUUCGGAGACUAGCGAGCCAGAACCAGAAUCGGAACCAGAACUCCCUGCCGCACCUAAGCCUUUUCCUGUCGCCGUAGCCCCUGUCGUUCCGGAGCCAGUGAUCCCGGAGCCUAAAGCUGAGCUUGCGGUUGCUCCACCUAAGCCUGUAGCGGUGUCAGUCCCACCUGCUCCUUCCCCAAAAGACAAGAAGAAGAAAAAGGUAGCGAAGGUGGAGCCAGCCCCGACUAAGCCCGUGGAAGUUGUCACCGAAACCGUCACUAAGGAACAAGCCCCGAAGAUCGCCAAGAAUCCCGUCCCCAAGGAGGCAGCUGUGAAGACCGCCAAGGAACCUGUUGCAAAGGAACCCACUCCCAAGGUUGUGAAAGAACAGGCUGCCAAAGUAGCCAAGGAACCAGCACCUAAGGCUGCCAAUGAACCUGCUCCCAAGGAGUCUGCUCCCAAGCCUAUAAGGGAACCAUCUAAAAAGGCUGCCAAAGAAAGUGCCACUAAAGAACCUGCCGCUAAAAGUGCUAAGGAAUCGCUCCCCAAGGUCGCCCAGGAACCAGUCACUAAAGAGUCAGCUGCUAAGGCCGCUAAAGAACCUGCCGCUAAAAGUGCUAAGGAAUCGCUCCCCAAGGUCGCCCAGGAACCAGUCACUAAAGAGUCAGCUGCUAAGGCCGCUAAAGAACCUGCCGCUAAAAGUGCUAAGGAAUCGCUCCCCAAGGUCGCCCAGGAACCAGUCACUAAAGAGUCAGCUGCUAAGGCCGCUAAAGAACCUGCCGCUAAAAGUGCUAAGGAAUCGCUCCCCAAGGUCGCCCAGGAACCAGUCACUAAAGAGUCAGCUGCUAAGGCCGCUAAAGAACCUGCCGCUAAAAGUGCUAAGGAAUCGCUCCCCAAGGUCGCCCAGGAACCAGUCACUAAAGAGUCAGCUGCUAAGGCCGCUAAAGAACCUGCCGCUAAAAGUGCUAAGGAAUCGCUCCCCAAGGUCGCCCAGGAACCAGUCACUAAAGAGCCAGCUGCUAAGGCCGCUAAAGAACCUGCCGCUAAAAGUGCUAAGGAAUCGCUCCCCAAGGUCGCCCAGGAACCAGUCACUAAAGAGCCAGCUGCUAAGGCCGCUAAAGAACCAGCAGCAAAGGCUCCCAAAGAAACCAGUGUGAAGACCGUGAAGGAAUCAAAUGCUAAGAUUGUCAAGGAGCAACCUGUAAAGGUUGUUAAGCAGCAGGCAGUCGCUGUGGCAGCUGAAGUCACCCCGGUGACAGUUAUACCACCAAAAUCUGAGCAGCCUAAAGCUGAAACUCCAUCCAAGAAGAAGUCAAAGAAGAAGGCCGAGCCAGCUGCCGUAGUGGAUGCCGCCGACGUGCCUCUGCUGCUGCCGUUUAACACCCUGAUGUCCACGCUGCGCAGCUCCGUGUUCACCGAGUCCGAGACCCAGAAGCUGCUGGAGGCUAUCGGCAACAGAGCGGGCGCUGAUACUUGGCAACUGGCAUCUCAGAAGGGCGCCCCCCUGGCGGCUAUGAAGAAGCAGCUGGAUGAGAAAGAGAAGCUCCUGUCUGCCGAGCAGGAGAACUCCGCCGCCGCCAAGACGCGAAUCCGCGAGCUCACCAAGGAGCUGAGCACAGAGAAGAGCAAGCUGGCGACGGUGGAGACCCGGAUGAGCUCCGAGCUGAGCGUCCGCGAGCAGGAGAUCACCGCCCUGCACGCCCGCAUGAAGGCGUCCUACGACGAGCACACGCUCCAGACCCAGCGGCUCAACAGCAAGAUCCAGAGCCUGCAGGAUCAGUUGGAGCACGGACCCAAGGCCCAGCUGGCCCGUAUGCAGCAGGAGAACUCCAUCCUGAAAGACGCCCUGAACAAGGCUACCAGCAUGGCAGAGAGCAGGCAGAACUCCGAGCUGACCGUGCUGCGCCAGGACUGCGUGCGCCUGAACCGCGAGCUGACCGAGCGCACCAGCGCCCACCAAGCUGAGGAGGAGCGCAGGAAAGCACUGGAGUCCAAAAUGAGUGCCAUGGAGGAGAAACUGACCAAAGCCCAGACAGGACAAGCAGAAUCCCAGCAGACUUUGCAGCAGAGGUUGGACCAGGUCCAGGGUGAAUUGCAGCAGGCGUUGAGCAACAGCGCCGCCCUGCAGGCCCAACUGCAGCACGCCCAAACCGAGGCCAGCAAGCUUAAUGAACUGCAGGAACAAGUACACAGCACAGAGGUGAAGCUGCAGGAGCGGUCCGCUGAAGUGGAGGCUUUAAAGGCUGAGCUCGCUCAGGCACAGCAGGACGUGAAGGAACAGGUCGUCCCGUUGCAGUCUGCACCUCCACAGGUGGAGAACUCUGAGGAACUGGAGCAGCUGAAGAGCAGUUUGACAGAGCGGGAGGGGCGGGUCGUUCUGUUGGAGGCGGAGCUCAAACAGCUGAGGGAGGAGCAUGCAGCGGUCAAGAGCGCUCAGUCUGAACCCAACAGUGAGGUGGAAGCAGAAAAGAAUUCUCUCACUUCAGAGAUUCAGCUACUACAGAACAGUUUGAACGAGAAGGAGAAUUUGGUGGCAUCUUUAGAGGAACAACUAGAGAAGAUGAAAGCAAAUGUGAACGAGAAGCAGACCUCAGUGCAGCAGCUGCAGGACAGUCUCACCGAGCGACACAACAAAGUCUCAGCCCUGGAGGAAGAGCUGAAGCAACUGAAAGAAGACAUGGAGCAGCAGAAGACAGCGGCUGAGAUUGCCGAGGCAGAGCAGCCGUUCGAGAACUUGGAGAAAGAUGCUCGUCUGAUUUCUCUAGAGGAAGAGCUGCAGCAGCUGAAAGAGCAGGUGGAAAACGCCAAAGCUGAAAGCAAGACCCUGCAGGAGAAGAACAGCACUGCUGUGGAGGCCCUGUCUGCCGCUGAGCGACUGGGUGAAGAGAGACUAUCUGAAGCCAGAAACGCUCAGAACGUGGCCCAACAGAAGCUGGAGUCUCUUCAGGUGGAGACCAAAAAAGCCCUCAAAACGCUUUUCCCCCACGUCUCGAUAGAAAUGCAACAGACUAACUGGUUGGAAUCGUUCACACUCAAAGCACAGGAGACGCUCACACACAGCCAGCAAGAAACACCCAAAGAGCAAGACACAGCAUUAACGGAAGCACUGCAGAAGGUAAAGGAAGCUCAGGAGGGUCAGGCAGCACUGCAGGCCCAGUGCAACCAGUACAGAGCCACUCUCAGUGAAACGGAGGGAAUCCUAAAGGAUCUGCAGCACAGCGUGCACGAUGGAGAAGCUGUGUGGAAAUCCAAGAUCGUCGAAGCCGAGGAGCAGCGGCAAGCGGCUCUGGCUCAGGUGAUGCAGUUGGAGGAAACGUUAGAGACACUUAAGACAGAGAACCAGAGCACAGAACAGCUGAAGGGACAGGUGAUGCUACUGGAAGCACAGCUGGAGAAACAGCUGGAGUCUGUCACCUUUAGCCAGAGCUGUGCUCAGGAGGUGGAGCAGCUGAAGACCUUGUUAUCAGCCACUCGGAGUCAGUUAGAAGUGGCCCAGACUGAAGCUCAGAAGCAGAAGGCUGAGCUGACGGCGGUCAGGCAGCAGCUGAAGAAUGCGACUGAGCACGUGCAGAACAACGAGGAGUCUCAGAUCAGCCAGCAGGAGCAGUCACAGCUGGAGCAGGUGAAAGGACAGUUGCAGACGGAGGAGAGUGCCUGUCUGAAGGCUGAGCAAAACCAUGACCAGGAAGGAGAGGAACUGAAGAAAGGAACCUCCGUGUAACAUCUCAGCACGGGAAACAAAAUAAGAAACCAAACCAAAAGUGCCAUAAUGUUUUUUUUUUUUUUUUUUGUCUUUAUUAUUAUUAUUGUUAUUAUUCCUGUUCUGUAUUAACCAAUCAGGAGUUAAAAGGGAGAGACAGAGCAGAACAUGGUUGGUCCAAAGGAAGGGAGGACGUCCAGCAAUGGAUUGUUUUACUACAAUUCUUUAUGUAUUGGUUUUUUGUUUUUUUUUGUCCAAGACUUUUCACAUUCCUCCGACUCUCAGCGCUCAGUGUUACGAAAAAAGGGCAACGUGCGUUAAACGCAGGCUCGUGUGCAAUCACUUGUGUGUUUUUUUUCUUUUGUUCGUAAGGACUGUCUUUCACGUAGAAGUGAAGCGAAGGAACAUUUCACACUACAGAGAUGCAAUACAGCCCUUACGCUUCUUUUAGUCGGCUGCUGACCAAAUGUAAUUUCAAAUAAAAUAAACAUUUAAUGAUA